AAACCAUGAGCAACCUCGACAUUGAACGCAUCAAGGGCCUUCUUGGCACACACGAGAACUUCCCCAAGGAGGGUAUUGUCUUCAAGGACAUGUUCCCUGUCUUCCAGGACCCCACUGCUGUCGAGGCUCUUAUCUGCAACAUUGUCCACCACAUUAACUCUACAUAUGCUGAGAAGAUUGAUGUUGUUGUUGGUCUUGAUGCUCGUGGCUUCUUGUUCGGUCCUCUUGUUGCCCUUCGUCUUGGUGCCGCAUUUGUUCCCGUUCGCAAGCAAGGAAAGUUGCCCGGUCAGUGUGUUAGCGCUGUGUACGAGAAGGAAUAUGGACAGGAUGUAUUUGAGAUGCAGAAGGAUGCUGUCAAGGAGGGUGCUCGUGUUAUUGUCAUUGACGAUUUGAUUGCCACUGGUGGCUCUGCUGGUGCUGCUGGUGAACUCAUCAGAAAGUGCAAUGCUGUCACUGUUGAGUAUGUCUUUAUCAUGGAGCUUGAUUUCCUUGAGGGAUCCAAGAAGUUGGACGCACCUGUCUACUCUUUGAUUCACCUUUAAAUUAAUAAUUUAAAUAUAAUAAUAAAACAAUAAUAAUAAUAAUGUC